GAACGGUGAGUAUCGCUAUUCUCAUUUACAAGUCUUGUAUUUGGCAAUUAUAUUUAGCUAGAUCUACACAACCGUCAAUACUUUUAGAUCCGUCAGUCUUAGGUUUUACCGUCAAUUGUAGGAAAUGUCUAGUGUGUCAAGUAAUCAGUCAGUAGUUCGUGACGGGACGGAAUAUGAGGAAGUAUACCCGUCCGGUCAUAAAGACCAAGAGAGUCCUGGCGAAGAGAGGAGUCCGUCCGCCUCUUCCUCGUCCUCAACAGAUGAGGAUAUGGAGAUGGUUGAAGUAGAAGAAACGUCUGAUGACGGCGAGGAUCUACCGUUGGGACCCGUUGUCUGUGUUGAUGGACUUAGGGAGUUCAUCAUGCUACGAGAGUAGACGGUGCAUAAAUUCAAUUCCGUCAUUAAAGAGAAACAUUUCAGCACAUUUAGGGUAAACUUUCAAAUUCCGGACUACAUUCCAAUCCGUCUACCCUAUGUAUCAGAGAAAUGCUAUUAUGACAGGGUAGAAGGUGUCGAAGUGUAUGAACAGAUGCUGAAGGCGGGACUUAGGUUUCCGCUAAGUACAUUGCAUAGAGAGCUAUUAAAAUAUCUGGGUCUGUCCGUCAACUAGAUAUCCCCAAAUGCCUGGAGGGUCUUCAUAGCCAUGGAGAUUCUCUAUGGUGCAAUGACAGACGGUGCUUGGAGGCUGACGGUGCGUGAAUUCCUUCAUUGCUAUCGUCCAGACGAGAUUGACAGGUCAAGGGGAAUUUAUAGUUUUGCCAGUAGGAGCCCGUUGCUGAAGGUUAUUUUUGAAAAGCCUGACUUAAAUAGAGACUGGAAGAGUCGUUAUUUCUUCCUAGAAGGUGACGGAUGGAUGAGCCGUCCAGGAGAGACGAAGUACAUGCCCGUCGACACAACUUGGGGGGUUUUACAUUCAUCUCAUAUGCAUCCGUCAAUUAUGUAAAUGUUUCUUACAUCCGUCAGCUAUAGUUCUUUCCUUUAACCGUCUAUUUUCUCUGCAGGUAAACGGCGCCCACAAGUUCGUAUUGAGGAGUUUAGUUUCCUUGAAAGGAUUUUCCAGAAGACGAAGUCGGAAGAAAGGACUUGGGCGAAGUUGGUAAAUCCGAAAACAAUCCAUUGGUAUUGUGACGGUCCUGAACCUACCCGUGAAGCCAUCAGAUACGACGAAAGAGUUCACAGACAUAAGUCCGUCAUCCUUUACUGCGCAUAAAUAGUUUUAAUUUAUGUAAAUAACUUUAUCUGUCCUGUAUUACAGAGAUGGACAACGCAAAGAGGAGGGCACUGAUAAAAUCUCAGGCCUCCAAGCAAAAGGAGUCCGGCGAGGUUGUGGUUCCUAAGGGGACGGUGUCGUUGGUAAAGAGGAAACAGUCGUCCAAAUCUGACCGUCCACAUAAGCAGCAAAAGGUCCCUUUGGAACCCGUCGUAGGGUUGAUGGCUAAGGGUGCGAAGACCGUCACCCCAGCCAAACAAGGAUCUGGCAAGGGCUUAAUGAAAGCCCCGUCCACUAGCCAAGAGAAACCUCCUCCUCUCCUCCGUGACGACUCCAAAUUUGCCUUGGAGAAACUUUCAUCAAUUAUUUCCUUGGAGGACUACGAGGACUUGGGCAAUCAUUCGACGGAGGCAAUGGGGGAGACGGGUCUCUUUGCCGUUGCACAGUCCUUGGUUAUGAUGAAGGGCCUAAUGGACCGGUGUCUAAAUCGUGAGGCGGCUCUGGAAUGUGUACGAGCAAAGGCAGAGCAGACGGAGGAUGAACUUGGUCAACUUCACAAUUGGAAGUCUACAAUGGAGAAGAAGUUCGACCUUUCAGAACAGGCGAGAAAAGAGCUUGAGCAGAGGACAGAGGAAGCUGGGAAGGCUCUGGAAGCCAAAGAAAAGGAAGUCCAAGACUUGAAGGAAAAUCUCUGUCAAGCUAAGGAGGUUGCGAUUCGUGAAUACCGUGACUCCGACGCCUUAUUAGGCGAGCUUGGGAGAUCGUUCCUUCAAGGCUUUGAUGAUGCACUCCGUCAAGUUAAGAAAGCCUACCCUGAACUGGACGUGUCAAUGAUAGAUGUCAAUGACCAAGAUCAGACGUUUGCUUUGCCCGUAGCUUCAGAGAAUACAGACGACCUCUUUGGUGAAGAUGCGGUUCAGGGUGACGGAGAGUCAGUUCCAGCGAAGAAUGUCCAAGAUGCCGACCAAAAAAUGUAGAUUAAUAUUACAUCUCUUUUUUUCUUUUUUGUAUCCGUUUGGAGAACGAUCCGUCCUUUAUUUUUGUACUAAACAAUUGCCCCCUAGG